UAAUACAGUUAACUACCUGGUACCUAUCUCCCGCUAGUUAGUGCUUGUUGUUCGCGAUAGACACUUUUCUCCCAAUUUGAAGGUGUGGAGGGGAGAUAAAAGCUUGAGACCUUGAAGUCUCUAGAAGUAGUUCUGGGAGGUAGAUAAUCUAAUACGAACCGAUAAUGCCUUCAACAACUACAAUCAAUAACUACUUCGGAGACCUUCCGAAAGCACAUAACCGUGGCUCGAAAUGCCGGCUCGCCCCGAUAUCACAUCAUCCCUGCUCUGAUGUCGACGAUAUUCCGCCGGUAAACGCCCAAUACUUUUACGCGUCUUCUGUUCCCAUCGAUGAGCCCCUUUCCUCAGCGUCUGUUGCUGCUGCUGCCGAUCCUAAAUCAUUCAGGAGUAGUCUUCGUCCCUUCUCGCCAGCAGACAAUAACGCGAUAGAGAAAGCUUGGUUGAGUCUUGCUUCGGAUGUCUACCGCCAGAACCACUCCAAUGCCCGCCAGAACCGUCCUCCCAGCCCAGCUCUUGCCAAGGCAAAUAACGAGAAAUUACGUAGUAUCAUACGCCAUCUAGCUGUGGAACAUGCUGAGAAGCAUGCACGCGAAGGCCUCUCGCGAGAAAAGGUUCAGCCUUUGACUGAGGCCCUGCCGGACCCGGACAAUGCUGCGCUUUUAUGCUGCAAGGAGCUUAUUGUUGAUGUUGGAGUUGCUUUACGGUCAUCCUUCUGUGCUGUUGCUAGGCGGAGGCAGCAAGAGCUUAACCGAGAUAUGGUUGCUCAAGCUGUGAUGGCUGAGAUGAAUACGUUACAUGCCGAGUCAACAACUUCUGUUACGGAACGGCGCGCGCCACCUGGUAGCAACACACCUUCCAUCCAGUCACCGGUUGGCUCCGUGAUACGAUCAGAUCAGGCUAAUGAACGGCCCAAUAGCCGGCCUUCAAGCAUGAUAUCACAAUCUCCCGCGACAGGCCCGUAUCCCUCCAUCGAUAGAAGCGCUAAUGUACCAGUCCCUACCAAGUCUUCCUUAGUGGAUGACGGUAUCUCAGGUAGACCUUUUGUCCGCGUCGGUACCCCGGAGACUCCCAUCAAUUCCCCACCGGCAUCUUUUCCGAGAGCGAACACUUUUCAACCUAGCAGGCUUUCUGAGGGGAUGGGGGUUGAAGAGGCUAGGCCACCUCGUCCUACUUCAAUAGAGCAUCCUCCACCCUCUCCUAAGCCUGUGAAAGCGCCCAAGGUAAUUUCGCGCGAAGUGACGGUGGGUGUCUCCAGGUUACACGAAGUAUCUCUUCCCGCGUUGCAGAUGAAACCUAUAUACUGGUCUCCUGUUAACGAUAUCGCUACCGUUCUUCGUGCUACUUGGUUCUACAGAGAUGAUAUGAGACCUGUUGAUCCCACAGUAGCUAAUCAACUAGAAGCUGGAUAUAGAGAGCUUAAGCCUCACACGGAGACGUGGAACGACGAGCUCAGAUGUGCUGUAGAGGUUGGUCCUCUAGGUGAGGAAAAAGUUUCUCACCCCUUGUGGCCGAAUCCACCAGGAAAAGCCCCUAAAAAGGUGGACGAUUUGGGAGAGCCACCCAUAUCUAGCAAUCCCUUUUGUGCAGCCCGCUGUUUCCAUGGAGAAGCGGCGGCUGAGGGUAGUUUGAUACCGUCUCCAAACGAAGACAACUCUUCUCCUGUUCCAACCCACAAGAAGUUUGAACAGUAUCAUGUAAUAUACAAAGACCAGACGACAGCGUAUUUACUAAAGCCGAGCUUGAAACCUUCGGCAUAUUACGGCCGACGCCCAGUAGCAAAGAUAAUGAGAGGCAUCACCGUCGGCAUCCCGGUAGUAAGAGGUUUUGACUAUGAAGUGUGGAUGAGAAAACAUAAGAAGCAGGACCAGCAAUAUCAACAAAUACUUGCUGGGCUUAACAAUGCACAAGAAAAUGAUACGGAUGAUGUCUGUCCAGCCUGCAAGGCUGAAGAAGAGCGUGCGCAGGUCACAGACCUGGUCUUAGUCGUCCAUGGCAUUGGCCAAAAACUGGCCGAGCGAGUAGAGAAUUAUCACUUUACUCACGCCAUAACUGCAUUUCGCCGAGCUAUUAAUACCGAGCUUCAUAGUGACGCGGUUAAGGGGGCAUUGAGACGGGGUCAAAACUCCAUCAUGGUUCUUCCAGUGAAUUGGAGGCAAAACCUGUCGUUUGAGGACGGCGGACCAAUGAAGGAAGAAGAUAAAGAGCACUAUACGCCUGGAAACUUCAGCUUGAAGGAUAUCGAACCUAAGACGAUCCCUGCCGUCCGGAGCAUGAUAUCAGAUGUUAUGUUCGAUAUCCCCUUCUACAUGUCACAUCAUAAGCCAAAGAUGGUAGCAGCCAUGGUCAGCGAGGCGAAUCGCGUUUACAGACUCUGGUGUCGAAAUAACCCUGGCUUUGCGGAGAAGGGGCGGGUUCAUCUGAUCGGCCAUUCGCUAGGCAGCGUCAUGUGUAUUGAAGUGCUAUCGAGACAACCGACUGUUCCGCCACCUUUGCAGCUAACAGCACCGCUUCAAAUAAACCAUUUUGAAUUUGACACAAAGAAUCUGUUUCUUCUCGGCAGUCCUGUCGGGUUCUUUUUGCUAUUAGAGAGAGGUGCACUGCUACCAAGAAAAGGCCGCCGGAAACCAGGGGCAGACCCGGACGAUAUUGUGUCGAAAGACGUCGUUGGGGAAGCGGGUCUGUUUGGAUGUAUCGCCGUGGAUAAUAUCUACAACAUUAUGGCUAGGGAAGAUGCCGUCGCAUAUCUGCUCAACGGCACUCUGGAUCCGAAGUACGCGGCCAGCUUGAAAACAGCAUACGUGCCGAGUACAUCGACUUCUUUUCUGCAGUCUAUGGGACAUGCGAUGAUGAGCAUCGUCCCCGGGGUUGGAUCUUCCACGCCGGCUAACGGGGUCAACCCAGCGAUCCCGAGGCCGACGACGAUGCGUCUCCCUUCGCAGCUCGAGCUCGAAGUCCACGAUUUCACGCGCGAGGAGAUUGCCGAGAAGAAGGCUUUCCUCCUCAACGACAACGGACAGAUCGACUACUUCCUGCGGUCGGGCGGCGGCCCGCUCGAGCUGCAAUACCUGAACAUGCUCAGCGCGCACACGAGCUAUUGGGUAAACCAAGAUCUCAUCCAUAUGCUGUGCAUGGAAAUCGGACGGAAUCCCGGAAAGGCGAAUACGCUACCUGCGAUGAGAGCCGUGAAGGCUACGAAGCGGGUCAUUCCUUCGGCGGUUUGAAUAUAAUUAUUCAGGUUAGGUACCUGCCUAGGUAACUAUGUGUUAUUUUACGAAUUAUAUUUGCAUUUGCAUCUUUUGGUUUUUGGCCUGGAGUUCUUCAGGUGUGUUUUCUUUAUUAUGGGCUUAGACUUCGGUUGAUGACAUA